CAUCCCUUCCAUCAGCCAAUCUUCCGGCUAACCAUCCUGGUUUUACAGACACGAUGGGUUGGGGCUCCAUGGAUGUUGCUUUGUGUUGCAUCAUUGCCUUGUGUUUGGUCCAUGUUUCAUUGGGUGCAAAGGCCAGGCAUUUCAAAUGGGAAGUGGUGUACAUGUACAGAUCUCCUGAUUGUUUUGAACAUAUUGUGAUGGGUAUCAAUGGCCAGUUUCCAGGACCAACCAUCAGAGCUAAAGCAGGAGACACUCUUGUUAUUGAACUUACUAACAAGCUUCACACCGAGGGAGUUGUCAUUCACUGGCAUGGAAUCCGACAGCUGGGAACCCCAUGGGCGGAUGGAACUGCUUCCAUUUCACAAUGUGCUAUAAACCCAGGAGAGACUUUCAGAUACAGGUUCAAAGUUGAUAGGCCUGGAACAUACUUUUAUCAUGGGCACUAUGGGAUGCAAAGAUCUGCGGGGUUGUAUGGGUCCCUGAUCGUUGACGUGGCAGACGCAGAGAAUGAGCCCUUCCAUUAUGAUGGUGAGUUGAACCUCUUGUUGAGUGACUGGUGGCACCAAAGUGUUCAUGAGCAAGAAGUUGGCCUUUCCUCCAUUCCCUUUCGCUGGAUCGGUGAACCACAGAGUCUGCUGAUUAAUGGAAGAGGGCAAUACAAUUGUUCAAUGGCUGCAAAAUUCAGUAACCCACCAAUUUGGCAGUGCAAGUUCAGAGGGAAUGAACAAUGUGCACCACAGAUCCUCAUGGUUAAACCAAACAAAACCUACAGGCUCAGGAUUGCCAGCACCACCGCUCUUGCUUCACUCAACUUGGCUAUUCAGGGUCACAAGAUGGUGGUGGUGGAAGCCGAUGGAAACCAUGUCCAACCAUUUGCUGUCAAUGAUUUGGAUAUCUAUUCAGGUGAAAGCUACUCUGUGUUGUUAACAACAGACCAAGACCCUUCAAUGAACUACUGGAUUUCAAUAGGUGUUAGAGCUAGAGAACCCAAAACCCCUCGAGCCCUCACCAUUCUGAACUAUUCCCCCACCUCUGCAUCAAGGAUCCCUAUGUCUCAACCCCCUGUAACACCUCCAUGGAACGAUUACAAUCACAGCAAGGCCUUCACUAAAAGCAUAUACGCCCUCAUGGGGUCACCUAAGCCACCCGAGACUUCGAACCGUCGGAUCGUCCUUCUCAACACGCAAAACCGAGUCAAUGGGUUCGUCAAGUGGUCUGUCAACAAUGUCUCGUUAGUGUUGCCGUCAACUCCCUACUUGGGAUCCCUUAAAUUUGGUCUCAACAAUACUUUUGACCAGAAAAGCCCACCAGACAACUAUGAUAGCAGCUAUGACAUAAUGAAGCCUGCAGUGAACCAAAAUUCAACUCUAGGAAGUGGGAUUUACACCAUCAGUUUGAACACAACCGUUGAUGUGAUUCUUCAAAACGCUAAUGCGUUGGCCAAGGAUGUUAGUGAGAUACAUCCAUGGCAUUUGCAUGGGCAUGAUUUCUGGGUGUUGGGAUAUGGGGAAGGCAAGUUCAAAGAAGGUGAUGAGAAAACAUUCAACUUGAAGAACCCACCAUUAAGGAACACCGCUGUGAUUUUCCCAUAUGGAUGGACUGCGUUGAGGUUUGUUGCAGAUAAUCCAGGGGUCUGGGCAUUCCACUGUCACAUUGAGCCACAUUUGCAUAUGGGGAUGGGGGUUGUUUUUGCUCUAGGAGUCCAUCGUGUUGGUCAAAUACCAAGAGAAGCUCUUGCUUGUGGAUCGACAGGAAACAGGCAGAACUGAGAGAUUAUUUAAACUACCUGCAUUUUGCAAAUGAAUCAAAACAACUGCAUGUCAUCGGAAAUAGGGAACCUAAUUUAUGUAUUAGGCUAUUCGCAAUCAAACAUCUUUCGCUCUCGAUCUUUUUUAAUUUCUGUAUUGGUGCUUUGUACGUGAUCUGAUUUGAGCUGAAUGAUUAAUUGCGAAUUUGGUAUGGUGGAU